AUCAAUUGAGAAAAGGAAGGUCGACGACGACGAUGAUGGUAGAGAGAAGAGAGAGCUGAAAAGGAAAGGUGGGAAGGGAAUCAGUGCGACGUAACGGUUUGUGUUUUCUGCGCACAUCCAAUCGAAACCUCAAACGAUGACUUUCGUUCUCGCCCUCUCUUUCUCAGAUUCUGCUCCUCAAAGGAGCCGAGCAGACGAGAGGAGAAAGGUCGAGGGGUUUCCAGUUUUAGUUCGAUCGAGCGUCAAAGCUACAAUCUUGCGUCCCUUGCUGCUGGGUUUGGGUCUUCCACGCAACUAGGGUUCUAAAAGUAACCUCUUUCCGCUGUUCUUUGAACUUUCUUGCCGUUUCCAAUUGGUGCUUUUUCUUGGGUAGGAGAAAGGGCUCGUUGAUCGAGGAAUUGGAUUCCGCGGUACAGGCAUGGAUGAUGGAGAAGUGGAUCUUUCGAACCACUAUCUGUUGACAAAUCCGGAGAUGGCUCAGGGCUUCGAUGAGUUCCUGAAGAACUCCAGAACAUGCACCCACACCCACACCUGCAACCCCCCUGGCCGCGCGGCCGCCGCCCACACUCACACCUGCUACCACACACACACGCAGGUGUUCGCCGCCGGCGAGGAAGAGGAUAUUGGGGAAGACGAGAUCAAGAAGUCGCGGAAACCGCUAGGGAACAGAGAAGCCGUGCGGAAGUACCGCGAGAAGAAGAAAGCCCACGCCGCCUUCCUGGAGGAGGAGGUCAAGAAGCUGCAAGUGCUGAACCAGCAGCUUCUCAGUAGGCUUCAGGGGCAGGCGGCGCUCGAGGCGGAGGUGGUCAGGCUGAGAAGCCUCCUGGUGGAUCUCAGAGGAAAGAUUGAUGCUGAAUUGGGCGGCUUCCCAAUUCAGAAGCAGUGCAACCCUCCUGGUUUGCAGUGCGACAGCAAUGGCCACUGCAAUGUCGGAAACCCAGAGAUGACCGAUUGGGAAACGAGUUGUGUGCCCUCAACUAAGCGCAUCACCAUGAACUCCAUGGAUGCUCUUGGGAGCUUAGUUUCAUCUGCUUCCCAAACAGGGUGAAAUGCAAAUGCCAAGAGGCAAAGCAAAAGUCGUACGUUGAUCCUGGAUCGUCCCACACGGCUCUGUUGAGAAGUAAAUUAGAAAACUAUAGUUGGUCAGCAUGUGGGAGAAUGUUAUUCAAGAUUUUUAUCGAAAUUCGACCAUGCCCCAGCAAUACUACCAAGAAUAAUGUUUGAUUGAUGUCACAGAAGAUAUAACCUGUGAAAUUUUGAGUAUGUAGACAAUAAAGAUACAUAUACUUUUUUUUUUACUCCUUUA